CUGCUUGUUUUUAAUUCUAUUAAUGGCCAGGUUUCAGUGAACCACUCGCUGGAGUAUAUCACAACAGGGUCGUUUGGAAUUCCAAACUUCCCAGAGUAUUUGAGUGUGGGUUACGUUGACGGGGUUCAGAUUUCACACUACGACAGCGAAAGCAGGACAGCAAAAGCCAAACAGGAGUGGAUGAAGAUCAUCACAGCUGAGGAGCCACGCUACUGGGAGAAACAGACAUAUAUGAAUACUGUUAAUCAGGACAACGCCAAAGACAAUAUUAAAAUUCUUCAAGAGCGCUUCAACCAAACGGGAGGUCUUCACAUGAUCCAGCACAUGUUUGGCUGCCAAUGGGACGACGAGACCGACCAGGUGGAUGGUUGGUAUCACAUGAGUUACAACGGAGAGGACUUCAUAUGGUUCGAUUGGAAGCAACUAAGAUGGAUCGCCGUCCAGCCGCAAGCAGUCGUCACCAAACACAAGUGGGACCAAGAUGAAGGCUAUAAUGAAUUCUUGAAGUAUUACAUGACUGAGGAAUGUCCUUCAUACUUGGAGAAGUACGUGAGCUUUGGAAGGGACGUCUUAAUGAGAACAGAGCCUCCGCGGGUUUCCCUGCUGCAGAAGACGGCGGGGUCGCCGGUCACCUGCCACGCCACCGGUUUCUACCCCAGGACGGCCGUCCUCUUCUGGAGGAAGGACGGCAAGCAUCUGGACGAGAACGUGGAAAUGGACGAGAUCCUCCCCAACCACGACGGGACCUUCCAGACCAGCGCUCGCCUCGUCACGGUGGACGAGCGCGCUCGCUACGAGUGCGUCUUCCAGCUGGACGGCGUCCGGGAAGAAGUCAUCACCCCGCUGAACUUCGCCAAGGUGCUUAGCAACGAGCACAUUGAAAGGAGGAACACGGCGAUGGCCAUCGCCAUUCCCCCGGUCCUCAUUGCUCUGGCCGCCGCUAUUGCCGUCGUCUUUUUCGUCAAGCGCAAACGAGCUAUCUACGCCUAUUUUGAGGCUGCUUCCUCCAGGACUUCUCCGAAGACCAACACCUCCGGGGUCGUUUCGCCUCAGACCGACGCCUCUGAGGCCACUUCCUCCGAGAUAGCUUUUGCCCAAGCCAUUUCUCCUGAGACUGACGCUCCCAGGGUGGCAUCGCCUGAGACCGACGCCCCUGUGGUUGCUUUUCCCAAGUAA